GAGGACAUUCAGUAAAUGGUCUAUAAAGUGACCCAAUAACUGAGGCCAUCUUUUGGAACGUGAGUCGAAAUCUUAACAUGGCGAAAUUCAAUAUUAGAUUUCUUUUCGGAUUAAUUCUAUUCGGGACAGCACAAAGCGAAUGGUGUUCAUCAGUUCACGACUGUCAUGCCACAAACUGUCGCCAUGUACAGCAUUUAGGUUUGGUAUUGCAGUGUGAAAAUCACCUAUGUAUAUGUGAACCUGCCAUCGCAACAACUGCAGCAACGUCAGCUUGCAAGUUUAACCACUGCUAUCAUGGCGGGAGUUGUCAUGAAGCCAGUAAUCACGAUGGCUACACGUGCUCGUGUCUGUCCGGGUUCACAGGAUCAAAGUGCCAAUAUAACCAUCACUGUGACAAUAACCCGUGCAAGAACAACGGAGUAUGUCACUUGCGAAACAAUGAUCCAUACUACAUUUGCACGUGUCCUACAAACUACACUGGGCCAACGUGCGAAAAAACAACGGCAUGCAUCAGUAGCCCGUGCGUGAACGGCGGGGCUUGUCACGUGUCCACACGGCAUCCUUAUUAUUAUUGCAGAUGUGCGACGGGCUUUGAAGGGGACCACUGUCAAA